UUGUGGCGUUCACCCCGAUAUUAGGGUAAUGAUUUCUUUAAACAUAGUCUCUGUAAUUUGUGCCAUAGUUUUUCUAAUCUGUGCUUUUAUUGUUUUCCAAAAUAUUACUUUUUAUUUUCCUACGAAUAAUUGAAUAUUUUAGGAAAUUAAGUGAAUACCUAUUAAAUUAUGGCGACAGAUCUUUACGCAAGCUUUAAUGAACAAUACAUGAACAUAAACGCUAAACUCAAAAAACGUUUUAUGAGGAAACCUAAUAUAUCCGAGGCAACAAACGAAUUUGUAGGCUUGGCAAUUCAAUGCGAACAUUCUGAGCAACCAGCGUUUGCUGGUCAUGCGUACGUGGGUGCAGCCAAGUGCGAGGCCUCCGCUGGUAAUUCUCUGGGUGAAGCGGAGCAGUAUCUGGCUGCUGCACGACAGUUCAUGAAAGCUGAACACAAAUUUGUGUCUCUUAAGUUUUCUAGUACAGAUAGAGAAAAUUUGGAGGCAGCAAUAGGAUGUUUCAAUCAAGCAUUAAACAAAUAUCCAGAGAAUUCUUUGAUGCGAACAUCUAUACUCAUGGAGUUGGCGAGCAAUUUGGUUUCCUUCAACCAUAAGCUGGAGGCUAUUUCCUAUUAUGAACAAGCUUUAGAAAAUAUUGAAAACAAAACAAUGAAGCUAAUGUGUAUGAGGACUAUACUCAACUUACUAAUUGAAUGCGAGAAGUGGGACAUUGCUCUUGAUACAGCCAAUACAAUAGUUGACAAGAUAUUGAAUAUACCUGAGAAUAUUCUAGCAGAGGUUCAAGUCAGCAGGGUGCUUCUGGCAUUACUUGUGAAACCAAUGGAUGAAAACAAACCAGACUCCUUGAAGAAUUUGUUUACGAGUAUACUCAAUGACUGUGAUAGUGAUGCAUUUCCAGUAAACAUCGAUUUGCGAUUAAAACUUCAGUCCAUUAUAAUUUCAAGCACGACAGGCGAUGCAAAUUCAUUAAUCUGUGUUUGUGCAGACACAAAAGGGUUCCUCACUAUGCAGCAAGCAUUUUUAUUGGACAAAAUAAAUACCGAAAUUAGAUUGACUCAGUAUUGUGACAGUGUAAGAUCGUAUUUAAAUUAGUAUGUGCAGAACACCAAUCUUAUGCCUGUCAAUGCAGGUGAUUCAGAACUGUUCCUGGCUUUUGUGGCGAUGGCUUGCAUAAACAAUUAUUUAUGGAUUAUAUAUGAUGUUCCAUGAUAAGGCAGAUAUUAGAUUGAUUCUCAAGUAGUUACAUAGAUAGUAUAGGAUUAGGGAUUUCCUUCCACAUUCGUAUUUUUGUAUGGUAUCGGUAUACAUUGGCGGAGCACCAGUGAGGUGAGGCAGGAGUGAUGAUAGGUGAGAAUAAAAGGUCAGUUUGCCAAUACUGGCCAAUUGCUUAUGAAUUACCUAAGAUGGUUUCCAGAGGAAACCGCGUGAAGAUCAUUCCGAUGGGGUAUAUUGCUAGCAAUGAGGCUGUUAAGCCCUAUUACUAACAAUCCCUUUCCCCCCCCACCUUCCCAUAUAGACACCGUAAACAUGUGCUAUUGCACUGAGAAUUUUUUUUUUUAAUAGAAACCAGAAUUACAUUACAAAUAAAGCGAAAGGCAGAUUAUGUGGUCUCUGAUAUUAUUUCUUGUUUCUAAUAAUACAUACAAUUCUAGUUUGUGGAUAAUUUAUGUUAGUACAUAUAGUAAAACAUUGGGAUUGAUUCACAAACACUAUUUCUCUUAAUGUAAUUCUAAAUUACAUUUUAAAUGGUGACAGCGAAAUAUUUAUUGUAAGGAUCAAUAUGAACUAAUUUUUUAAUAGAUUUGUUGUAUAUCAAUAAAUCUGUGUCAGUGUUUUUCUAGAACUACCCACACUUUUGUAACUUUUUAUGGAAAAAUCAUGUAUAGUAUUAAAAUAGUUUCUUAUCGCUUACAAAAUACUUGAUUCACAAUAAAAAAAAAAUCAUGAUUAAUUGUGCUGUCCCUAAAUUUAUCCAUAAUAAGAUUAAAUUCAAAAUUAAUAUAUAUUUUCAGUUUUAUAUAAGUUCAAUUAAUAUGUUUUUAGUUGAUGUUGGUCUUAAAUAUUUUUUUUUAAAUGUUAUUGUGUGUGUAAAUGCAAAGAUUUUUCUUAUUAGUUAUAAUAAUUUAUUAAAUAGUUGUGUAUAAAUGAAUAAAUGAAAUUUUAUUUUAUAGAACAUUUAUAUAGUAUUUGUAAUAUUAAUACUAGAGGGAGACUGUCCAAAUGUACAAAAAGUCAAUUGCUUGGGUACCUCUGUCACAUUCGUGUUUCAACCGUGAAGCAGUUGUGUUUGCAUGGCUGUGUUUCGGUUUGAAGGGUGGGAUAUGGCGUGAAUUUGCUGGGUACAGAGGAAUAACACCUGAGUUCUCAAGAAUGGCAACACAUGAGGGGUAUAAUGGGCGAAACAGUAUACUCUGUUAUGUCCAUGGUACUGCUCAUGUCUAUAGGCGACGGUUACCACUUUCUAUCAGGUGGGUCGUCAGCUUGUUUGCCAUUCUAAGUUGUAUAAAAAAAAAAUUAAAGUAAAAUUAAUAAAUA